AUGAGCCUCAGCUCUGCCUCGACGCCCAGGGGCGCCGCCCCUCCAGCGGUUUUGCUGGCGGGCCGGCGCAUGCCCCUGAAGGUGCUCGCCACGCAGACAAUCCGCCGCGCGCCGCCGCAGCAGCCAGCUGGCGGCGCUGCCGCGGUCCCCGGCGGCGUGGUGACGCGCAUGGCCCAGCUGGUGCGCGCCGUGUCGCAGCCGCGGCUCCGCCGCCCGCUCGACAUGCCUGUUCGUGAGCCGGCUGCCGCCAGUCUGCGGCCGCUGACGCUGCCAUGGCCCGGCAGGCGGCAGCAGGAGCAGGACCAGCAGCAGCGGGAGCAGCAGCAGCAGCAGUCAGGCGGCGCGGCGUCGGCGCCCUCAACCAGCGGCAGGGGUGAUGCUCUGGGCGCGUUUGACGCUUGGUGGGCGGCCCUGCCGUCGCGGCACAAGGUGUUGGUUGGCGGCUUCCUGUCGUUCAUCAUCUGCAACAUGGACAAGGUCAACAUGAGUGUGGCCAUCAUCCCCAUGGCCCAGGAGUUUGGCUGGAGCCCCUCAGUGGCCGGCCUGGUGCAGUCGUCCUUCUUCUGGGGCUACAUUCUCAGCCAGCUGCCCGGCGGCUACCUCUCCAGCCGCCACGGCGGCCGCCGCACGCUGCCCGCGGGCGUCACCAUGUUCUCGCUCGCCACCGCGGCGGUGCCGCUGCUGGCGGGCACGGUACCCGGCCUCUGCUUCUCCCGCGCCGCGGUCGGCCUCGGCGAGGCCAUCGCGCCGAGCGCCGCCACCGACAUGGUGGCGCGCAUCGUGCCGCCGGAGGAGCGCUCGCGCGCGGUUUCGUUCGUGUUUGCUGGCCUCCACUUCGGCAGCAUCGUCGGCCUCGUCGCGUCGCCGUGGCUGAUCGCCAACGUGGGGUGGCCGUCCGUCUUCCUCUCGUUCGGCGUGGCCGGGCUGUUCUGGAGCUCGUGGUUUGAGGGCCUCAUGGCUGACCUGGCGAAGGCCGACCCCGACAUCGCCGCGGCGCUGACGUCGGACCGCCUCUCCGCGGCCCCCGGCGGCGCGGCGGCCGAGGAGGCGCUCGCCGGCGGCGGCGGCCACGGCGCGCACGCGGCGGGCCCGCUGUCGGGGCACGUGCCGUGGCGGGCGUUCCUGCGGUCGCGCGGCGUGCAGGCGCUGAUGUACACACACUUCUGGUGA